AUGGCUAAAAGUACAAUUAGUAUUUUAUGCCCGAGUGGACACCGACGAAAGGCACAAAUGAUGCCCAAUAGUAGUUUACUUGAAGUACUCGAAGAUGUAUGUGAACAAGAAAAUUUGGAUUCAUCAGACUGGGGUCUCAUACAUCAGCGCACCAAAUGCAAUUUAACAAAUCCAUGGCGUUUACAAAGUAUUCCGACGAAUGCCACUCUAGAAAUGUAUAAACUUGAAAAUCGACGAGCAACCAAUGAUAUCAAUGUACAAUUAGAAUUACCUGAUAAUUCGAGAUAUCCUGGUUGGUUUGAACCAACGGUCACUCUUCAAGAAAUGCUGGAUUUGUAUCGUAUUCAACCUGACAGUAUGGUAGCUGCUAUGGAUAUUUCAAUGAGUGGUAAUCGUAAUUCUUGUCCAGUUUGCUCAUAUGUGACUGAAGAGAUCAUUGGUGAAUAUGCUUUAUCUAAUACAACAUUACGUGACAUAGGACUCACUAAUGGAACUGCUGUUAUUCGUUAUAAUUUACGACCGGUUAGCGAUGCUGAGCUACAAAAAAUCAAUGCACGCAUCGAUGAGAAAAUUGUUCGUCGACGUCAACAACAAUAUGAACAAGAAAAAAAGGCAAAACAGCCCCAACCUCAACCGCAAGCAACAACAAAAUCAGAACCGAUUCGUUCUUCGCCUCCUUCAAUAUCCACGACCUCUCGUUCUCUAACCAAUUCAGCUGUGCCAUCUUCGAACAAUGAAGAAUAUUCAAUAUUUCGUGAUCCUCCAGUUAAGAUUACACCUCCUACUACGGCACGAUCUCUACAACAAUCAAAAACAUUAGCAGAAGAACUCGGCUUAAAUGUAUCAUUAGAUCUCGAAUCCGAAGUAAAACAACGAGCAAAAGCUCAAGAUGACUUUCGAAAUUUUAAAUUUCCCGCAGCGACAAAAGGUAAAGAACUUUAUCGAAAUGAAUUCGAUGAUGAUUAUCGACAUGCACAAGAUGUUAGACCAUGUGAUCGACGUCCAAUUGCGUAUGACAUAACAAAAAAUCCAGCAACGCGUGAAAAUCGAAAUAAAAAAUCUGAAGAUCUACCCGAUAAUUUCUUCGAAACAACAGCCGAUGAUCUUCGAUCAGUACUCAACGGUUUACAAAAACAAAGUUUGCAUGACACUCCAUUAGAAACUAGUAGUAUGCGUGAGAGAGCUCAAUCUUCACGUAGUAUAACUUAUGAACAAAUAGCUAUUCGAUUUGUUGUCAACAAGCGUUACAUUCUUCAAGGAUUAUUUCGUCCUGAAGAACCAGUUUCUCGACUAAUUGAUUUUGCUCAAGCAACUCUUAUUUGUCCGCAGAUCGGACAAACAGAUUUUUAUUUAUAUACCACACCGCCACGUGUUGUAUUAUCGGAUUGGCGAAGACCAUUAUCCACCUAUGAUUUAGCACCAGCGGCUUUUGUUCAUCUUGGUCAUAAAAUAGUUUCACCACUUCAUAUUGAAGUUGCAUCAAAUAUUCCAAUACGAACAAUCGAUGAAGCUAAUAAGUUAGCUGCCCAAUAUGUUUUUAGUCGUACAAGACCAUCGAAUGAUCGUGAACGCGUACGUAGUGCCUUGUAUAAUGAAAGACCAACUACAGCAGCUAGUCUGACUAGUCGUCCAACUCCACGUAAUCCAACUAAUAGUAAUAUUGACGAUAAGGCACUUCGUGACAAAUUUCGGAAAUUUCUACCGGGUAAAAAAUAA